AUGACUGUCUCGACCGCAACGCCCAAGCUUUUCCAGCCCAUCAAGGUUGGCAACAUGCAGCUCGCGCACCGCGUCGUCUUCGCGCCCUCGACGCGCUUCAGGAACGACAAGAACCAUGUCCCCCUUCCGAUUGUCAAGGAGUACUACCGCCAGCGCGCAAGCGUACCGGGAAGCUUCAUCAUCUACGAGGCCGCGGUCGUCGCACCCAAGGCGGCGGGCUUCGGUAACGCCGCCGCUAUCUGGUCCGACGAGCAGGUGGCGGCGAUGAAAGAGAUUGUCGCCGGCAUCCACGAGCAAGGCUGCUACGUCUUCCUCCAGAUCGCCGCCACCGGCUUCUCCGCCCGCCUCAACUAUCUCGCCGAGGACGACCCCAACGCGGACUACAUCGGCGCGUCCGAUAUUCCUCUCAAGGGCCGCGAGCACGAGCAGCACCCGCGGCCCUUGACUAUCCCCGAGAUCCACGAGUACGCGGAGCUCUUCGCGACGGCGGCGCGCAACGCGGUCUUCCGCGCGGGCUAUGAUGGGGUCGAGAUCCAUGGCGCGCAUGGGUAUCUGAUCGAGCAGUUCUUGUCGGACAGGUCGAACAGGCGGACGGAUGAGUAUGGGGGGAGCAUCGAGAAUCGGGCGAGGUUUGCGCUGGAGAUUACGGAGGCGGUGGUGCGCGCGGUGGGCGAGGAGCGGGUCGGGUAUCGGGUUAGCCCGUGGAGUACUUACCAGGAGAUCAACAUGCCGGACCCCAAGCCAGCCUUCGGCUACCUCGCCACGCAGCUGCGCGACCGCUACCCGAAGCUUGCCUACUUGCACGUCGUCGAGCCUGGCGCAGCUGCCGACGACGCUGCCGACCCCGACAAGUACGCCAAGGACGCGUCGAACGACUUUCUGCGCGAGAUCUGGAAGCCAAAGGAGCGUCCCUUUAUAUCUGCCGGUGGCUACACACGCGAGACAGCUAUCAAGACUGCCGAGGAGAAGGGUGACCUGAUUGGGUUCUCGAAGUUGUACAUCGGCAACCCUGAUCUUCCACGCCGCCUGAUGGAGAACGCGCCUCUGAUCAUCCCUGAGCGAAAGUACUUUUACAGUCGUGCUUCUGAGGAUGCGAAGGGGUAUACCGAUUAUCCAUUCUGGGAGCCCGUUCCGUCCAAACAGGUCCCGACCAUGUAGAGAAACUUGCACAACCUAGAGCUCGAUAUCAGUAGAUUUGUAUAGACUAGAAUUAUGGUGGC